AUAUGCUUCCGCAUCGACCCCCCUCUAGGUGGUGUCUCACAGGAUGUUGUGACCGGACAACUUAGUAUUUUAGAAUUUUUAAACUCCACCAAUCCUUCUUACCUUUUGCUCGUCAGUCUCGUCGUCGUCCGUCCUUGUUGAAUAUGUCUUCAUAUAAAUCAGCCGCGUUCAGAAACAAACUGCCCUCUGAUCCCUCGGAAUCAAAACUUUACCCUCAAGUUCCAACACUUCAAGAACUAUUCCCCGCCUGGUCAAAUGAAGAUCUUCAGUCUCUUCUCAAUGAAGUCGGCGGUGAUCUUGAACUUGCAGUCACUCGAAUCAGCGAAGGGCAUGCGGAACAAUGGGGUUCAGUUACGCGCAAAAAGGACAAAAAGACUCCUGUAGCCCAGCACGCACCGUCAAAGGACCCAAGCAUCUCACGUAGCGACUCGCGCGGUGGUCGAGGUGGGCGCGGGGGGCGCGGUGGUCCUGGUAGAGGCAGUCGUGGUCGAGGUAGCACACGGGGUGCACCUGCAGUCAAUGGUCAUACUUCUUCUCGUGCCAAAGCUUCUGCCCCCGCUCCCGAAGACAAGCCAGCACAGGUUGAGGAUCUCACUGAUCAUGCUGUUGAUAAGCCAGAGUCGAAUGAAGGUUGGGGUGUCGCCCAGGAUGCGAAUGAAUCGACUACAGCUAUGACCUGGCCUUCAGAGCCUACAAUUGCUGAAUCGGCUUCUGCUCAAUCGCAGCCCACAAUUUCUGCUUCUUGGGGUGCUAAUACUGGUUGGGGUAAUGUGGCUACAGUGUCCAAACCUCCUCUAUCGGCUGCUAAGCUUCCGGCGACUUCCAAACUUUCCUGGGCUCAGAUUGCAAAACCACAAGAGAAACUCGUCGUGGCGUCACCUCCUGUACCUCCUGCCCCAUCAGUCAUAGCUCCUGCGCCCGAAUCGGUCUUUGAUCACGCUCCUCUUCCACUAGUUGUCAAUGGCGAUGCAGAACUAGUAUCGGAAGGUUGGGAGGAUCCGACUACCGUUCAGCCUCCUGAAUGGGAUGAUGAGCCUCAACUUCAACCUCAAGCCCAGUAUCAACCUCCUGCAGACGAUUGGGUUUCUUCUCAGCCUCUGUCAACGUCGGAACCAGAAUCCGUACCAGAACCUCCCGCUGCAGUACAAGAGGAGCCCGCUGCUCCCACACCAGAGCCUCUAGCCGUCCUAUCGGCUCUUCCGACCCAAAUUCAAAAGCAGGAUGCGCCCACUCGGUCCAAAUCACCUAUAUCCAUUUCCUCCCGUCCCGCGGUCCGUGGCAAGUACAAGGGCAUCGAUCAAGCUGUCGUCAUGCCUUCGUCGACUGGUUUCACCCCUGGCCUUGACAAAGUGGGCAUGCAGUUUGGAAGUUUGAGUCUGGGUGGAGAUGUCAUUGAGCCCACGCCCGUCGAACCUCCCGCUGCCGAACAGCAACCAUCCCCACAGCAGGCCACACAACCACUUUCGCCACUUGCGCCUCCUGCGCCUGUUCAGCAACAAGAGCCUCAACAGAUUACUCCCGUGUCUGUACCUUCUGUUGCUACCUCUAUCGCUACUUCUCCCUCGCAGCCAGUUCUCCCUCCUCCAGUGCAGCCAGUUCUUCCACCUUCACAAACAACACAGUUUGUACCUCCCCAACCCACAGCACCAAUCCCGCAGGUACCUCAGCAUGCUCUUGCACCUUCAAUGUCCCUUCCUACCCUCCCACCGUCGAGUACCAGCUUCACCCAUCAGCCUCCCUCGCACCAGCCGCAGCAUCAACACCAACACCAACACCAACAGCCACACCAGCCGCAGCAUCAACCUCAGCAUCAGGCCCAGCACCAACCUCAGCAAUUGCCACAACUUCAGCCGUAUGCUGCCCACUUGCACCUAGACAGCCCACAAACACAGUCUCAACAAUACAGCCCUGCCCAGCAGGUGCAGGCCCAGUCUGCGGCGUACUUCCGGCAAGAUGCACCAUACUUUAAUGCACCAACGCCUCCUCAACAGCAGGAUUACAGUGCAUCCAUGAGUGGUAGUAUGGGUCCCUUUGGACAGAUUGGGACGCAGCAUCAGCAGCACCAAUCGCAAGGGAGUCACCUUAGCGGUUUUGGAGGUAGUGAAUACUAUGGUGACAAUCAACGUCAGGGUUUUUAUGACUCAUACGCGCAAUCUCCAGGGUUUGGCGGCAAUCGCAAUGUCCUAGGUCAUGAUGAUGUCAAGGGUCUUCCUACCUCCCAACACCAGCACCAACAUUCACAACCCCCCUCGUCGGCCAUCCCUCCCUCUACAUCUCAGUCGUCGCAGCCUGCCGCUGCAAGCGCUCAGCAACCCUACGCACCGCCGAUGCCGUACUUUUAUCCGUAUCCUCAAAACCAGUAUUAUGGCAGUCCCUACAACCAAGGUUAUCCUACACCCUUCGUCAAGUACCCUGCUCCUACUCCGCCAGCAAUGUUCCAGCACCAACACCAGCCCGCAAAACAGAGUGACGGGUUGAGUAUGGGUGCGGGCGUGCAGCGCGGAUUCGGUGGGUAUGCCGAUGAUAUAGGGUACCACCAACCCCCGCAGCAGCAGACGCAAAACAACCACCAUACAUCCAGUGAGAGGCAAUUAUAUGGACAUGGACAGGGGUUUUUGGGUCGCGGAGUAGCUGCACAGAGCGGGUCGCCUGAGGCGUCUUAUCGCAAAGACUCCGGGCAAGGGGUUGGUGUGCAACAGCAACCUGCAGGCCGCGGUGUGCGAGGACAGUACCCACAGGUGCAGGGUAAUUCAGAAGGCAAUUUCUACCCAUACCAGCCGAGUCGCCAAUACUGGCAGUAGUUGAACGCGCAAUAGGUGCUUUCUUCUGCCUCUCGAUUUUUGUACGUACGCGUUAUUGAUACUGACCAGCUGGUGUUCAUACACGCGUUUUUCUUUCGCUGUCACGCUCCUACUUUUUGCUCUUGAUAUCACGUUUCUAUAGUUGGCAUUAUGUGUUGCAUUGUAGUACUGUUCCAGCACCACUUUCUCAUAUUGUGAAUAAAGCUGAGAGGGCUCAUCCAUAUUCCCGAUCGAGUGACGCCAGGCGUCACUCUUAUCCAGCACCCCUUACAUAAUCAGAUUGAGAGCCUCACCAUUGCUCAAAUUAUGGGCACAUAGAUUCGUUUCUGAUAUAAUUGAAUCGUAGGAACUAUCUAAUAGUAGUAUAGCUUGAAUUGCUAGGAAGCAGAAAUAAAAAAAUAUACAAAACUGGAGGAGACUUUCAUUGUCC